UCUUCCGUCCUCACCGUCCAUUCAUUCCGUGGAGAUUACAAUGCCCACCUAACUAACCCCACCUCCUGUCGCGGUAACGUCUUGACUUGGUCAACGACCGCAGACCGGGUAGUAUUGAAUUGUCGAAAACCCCAUUUGACAGAGCAAAAACUUAUAUAAUACAAGAGCCUUUCACGAUUUUAGAUAUCAAUUUAUAUGUUACAGAACUCCUAAAUAUGUUGCGAGGAAUAGUAUUUCAAACUUAUAACGCUGAAAAUUAUGUGCUCGAAUUUUGAUUUGUAAUGGUGCCCCUUAUAUUAAUUUAAGAGCAUGAUGGUGUGGUGUGGUUGAUACUCCUCAUCGAUAAGAAGAUACGAGAGUCCUGCUCUAUAGUGCGCAGACAGGGAUCUAGGGGGCUGCCUUGGCAGGGGUAGUAGGGUGCCCAUGCCAAAGGAUUUUCAGAAUUUGUGGCUCACAUUUUAUUGAUUGCUUGGGUUUAAGUCUAUAAAUAAGUAUUGGGUAUAUAUAAUAUUUCUCUUAUAAUUGAGAGUCAUAACAGAGAUGUGCAAAUAUUAAUUAUAGUAAAAUCUUUUACUAGAUGUAGCCCUACUUUGAAAAUGAAUCAGAAUAAAUCUUGUGUCUUGAUUUUUCUUUCUCCCUUUUACUCUUUAUUUUGUUGCCCUGUAUUCUAACGCAUGAAAAUAACGGUUUUCUGGACCUGGUACUGUUCAUGCUGCAAUUACUUAUCCUAAGAAUUGAUGUUCAUCAAAAUUGAUUAUCCACAUGCUCUGUUCUUCCUACAAUCUUCUGCCCGUACUCGUGCGCAAGCCCAAUCAAUUCAUCAGCCUGGCAAAUCAUGAGUUCUUGCUUCACCAUCUUCCUCUCCCUCUCCUUCUCCUCUUUCUUCUUCUUCGUCUUCGUCCAGAAUUUCAGUGCUGAAGCUGCCCCCACUUAUCUAAAGCAUUUUUGCGCACGCAUUAGUUUCUUCACUCCCAACUCCACCUACGAGUCCAACCUCAACACCGUCCUCUCUUCCCUCUCCUUCAACGCCACGACCAGCACCAACGGCUUUGCCACCGCCACCGCUGGCCAGGACCGUCCCGACCAAGCCCAUGGGCUCUUUCUCUGCCGCGGCGAUGUCAGCAUCUCCACGUGCAGCGACUGUGUGGCCACUGGAAAGCGUUAUGUCCUCCGAAAAUGCGGCAACCAGCGAGUCGCCACGAUCUGGUACGACGAAUGCAUGUUGAGGUACGACAACAGGUCUUUCUUCUCGUCCAUGGAAACGAAGCCUACUUACCCGAUGCCCAACACUUCGAACAUCGCUGAUCCGACCCGGUUCGCACAAGUCCUGGGACAGACCAUGGAUAACAUCAACAGAAGGGCUCCCGACGGCGUGUCGGGGAAGAAAUUCGCGGUCGAGGAGGCGAAUUUGACGAGCCUGCAGAAGCUGUACACCCUCGCGCAGUGCACGCCGGACUUGACGCCGUUCGACUGCAACCAGUGCCUUCGGAAUAUGAUCUCGAACCUCCCCCAGGAUAAGCAAGGUGGGAGGAGUUUCACUCUGGUCUGCAGCGUCAGGUUCGAGCUGUUCCCGUUUUAUAAUGCCUCGGCCAUGGCGGCCCCGGUGCCUCCGCCAUCCCGGCUUCCGCUUCCUCCAGCUCUCGAGACCAGACCUAAAAGAAAAAGCAACAAAUCUACUGUGAUUACCAUCACCACUACCAUUUCUGCCGGAGGUUUUAUGAUAAUUCUCUUUCUCACUUGUUGGAUGCUUCGGAGAGAGGGAAAGAGGAUGCAUGAAGUUUUCAAAGUAAAAGGCGAUGAAAAUGAACUUACCACCGUGGAGUCCUUGCAAUUUGACUUGGCUACAAUACAAUCUGCGACAAAUGAUUUCUCUCCUGAAAACAAGUUGGGUGAAGGUGGAUUUGGUGAAGUUUUCCAGGGUAAACUUCCUAAUGGACAACAAAUCGCGGUGAAGAGGCUAUCUCAAAGUUCAAGACAAGGUGAUGACGAAUUCAAAAAUGAAGUUCUAUUAGUUGCGAAGCUUCAACACAAAAACCUUGUACGACUACUUGGAUUUUGCUUGGAGGGAGACGAAAAGCUACUGGCCUACGAGUUUGUGCCGAAUAAAAGCCUUGAUUACUUCUUAUUUGAUCCUCAAAAAAGCGAUCAAUUGAAUUGGCCAUUACGUUAUAAAAUAGUAUAUGGGAUCGCUCGAGGAAUGCUCUAUCUACAUGAAGAAUCCCGUCUUCGAAUCAUCCAUCGUGAUCUAAAAUGUGGCAAUAUCUUGUUAGACAGUGAAAUGAACCCAAAGAUUUCAGAUUUUGGCAUGGCAAGGAUUUUUGGAGUUGAUCAAACACAGGCUAGCACAAAUAAAAUCGUGGGGACUUUUGGUUACAUGUCUCCUGAAUAUGCCAUGCAUGGACGGUUCUCAGUGAAAUCCGAUGUUUAUAGUUUCGGUUAUCUUCUAGAGAUCAUUUGUGGCAAGAAGAAUGGCUUCUAUGACCAAUUCGAUGGGGGUGAAUAUCUUGCUAGAUAUGCAUGGAAUCAAUGGAGAGAUGGCACGCCCUUGAAAGUGUUGGACCCAGCUAUUGUGGAUUCAAAUUCAAGAGAUCAAGUGCUUCGGUGCCUACACAUUUGCUUACUAUGCAUUCAGGAAGAUCCGGCUAUCAGACCCACCAUGGCAACCGUAGUUCUCAUGCUCAGUAGCAAUUCCAUUACCCCACCAUCACCCCAACAUCCAGCUUUCUUUGUCCAGAGCAAAUCGAGGGGAUUGGGCAUCCCAAUGAAAGGGCCUGGAUCAGACCAAUCCACCAGCAGGAUUAAGCUUUUGUCAAACAAUAACUUGUCGCUUACGGAACUAUACCCCCGGUGAAUGGCAAUGUAAGUAAGAUCUUUCCUCUUGGAUGGUCUCAUGGUGAGAUUGCUUAGCCUUCCACCGUGACUUUUUGUGAACCAUAAGCAAAAAUAUAUGUAUUUGGAGAAUAACAUGUUAUUUGCCAAAAGGGGUCAUGCGCAUUUUAAAGAAGACUCUACAUGUGUUAUCCAUCAUAGUUGA